AUGUGUUGUGCACACAAAAAUGAAAAUAGAGGAGCUUUUAUUGUUUUGGAAGGAACUGAUAGAUCGGGGAAAACUUUACAAUGCCAAAAAAUAUAUGAUUACCUAAUUAGUAUAGGAAGGAAGUGUAUUAAAACUGAAUUUCCAAAUCGUUCAACAGACGUUGGAAAACUGCUAGAUGGAUAUUUAAGAAAAACAAUCAAACUUGCUCCAGAGGUUUCUCAUUUACUAUUCACUGCAAAUAGAUGGGAGCUUAAUGACUAUAUUGAGAAGAACCUACAAAAUGGGGUCGACGUUGUAUGCGAUAGAUAUUCAUUUUCAGGAAUUGCUUAUUCCUCAGGGGCUAUCAACUUGGACUAUGAAUGGUGUAAAUCUAAAGAACAAGGUUUAGUUUCUCCGGAUUUGGUCAUUUUCCUAGACAUUAAUUUAAGCCUUUCCUCAAGUAGGUCUGGGUUCGGAGACGAAAUAUAUGAGAAUAUUAAGGACCAAAACAAUGUUUAUGAAGUCUAUCAAUCAUUUUCUAAUUAUUCCUUUUGGAAUAAUAUUGAUGCAUCUCAAGAUCCUGAUGUAAGUUUGAAAAAUUGUUAA